CUACCGCCGCGCGCGCAUCAAACGAGGACAACUGCGGCGUGCGGAACACGCCGUCGCAGCCAUUGGUACGCGGCUGAUCAUCGCUUGCGAGCAAUAACAGCUCAAAGCUGCUGUAGAGCUCAGCUGGCCAGGAGAGCGCGUGCAGUGCAACAGUGCGCUGCGACGUCACAAGCGUGACGCAACACGGCCGCACUGCUGCGAGCGUGAAACGCCAACGAUGCACGCCAACUUCAGCACCUGCGGCGCCGGGGGCUGGCUCGCGCCGACGGGCGCCUGCGCGGCUCCCGCCUGGGCGCGCUGGCCCUAUCUCGAGCCCUGGGUCGCGACGAUCGCGUUUUUUGUUUGGAUCGCUCUGUACAAGACAUUGGAGUGCGGCGGCGAUGUCCGAGCCGCCAUCAAGGCCCAACUUGAGGGUGACGAGAAGCACGUGCGGAUUGCUGGUAUCAGUGCGGAAAUCAACCAGUGCGUCAGGCCAACCUGGAGGUAUUAUUUAUUAUUCUGGCAGCUUCGACGCAGCACGAGAGUGCUUGGCGUCCUCGCACGAGGCGUCUCAGGCUUAUUCACCCGAACGUUUGAUUUCCGCAUAGGCUGGUAUCGGCUAUUUCAUCGGGAUCUACCUCUUCAAGCAGGUCGCGCCACCAGCCGAAAUCGACUGGUCGUGCCCGUCGCCGGGCUUUCUGCUGAUCGAGACGGCCGUCGGUGUGCUAGCCUACGACGCGAUCUUCUACGGCCUCCACCGGCUCAUGCACGCGUUUGCCUACCGGCUGCACGCGCGGCACCACUCGUCGGGGCCGCGCGUGAAUGCGCAAGAAGUGCUCAACCAGUCGGUUAUUGAUGCAUCGCUCCAGGUGCUUACCAAUAUAUUGGUGCAGCGGCGCGUGCCUGUGUGGAUAUCAUCAGAUUUAAGUGCUCCACGCCCAUAGACGUCGUCUGCGUAACGGAGUCUGCGCGAUGGCGUAGAGGUGACGACCUGACUCACGGGGUGGUUUUCCACGCAGGCGCGGGCUGCGGGGACCGAAGAACUGGCUCGCGCGGAUUCUGCACAAUAUCGUCGUGACGCUAUUGCUCACGGACUCGCACGCCGAUACGCCGUGGCGGCUGUCCGACAUGUUCCCGCGUCUCCUGGCCGGCGCGGCGCGGCACCGCGAACACCACGCGACGGGCGGCCCGCCAUACCAGCAGUUCUUCGGCUUCAUGGACGCGGCGUUUUCUCCGUCCCCAGACGAUAGGAAACUCAAGUAAUUACUGUGCUAAGUGACUCGUGUUCGUUCCGCGCGCGCGUUCAGCACAUCUCGUUGAAGCGCCUGUGUGCGCGGGCCGGUGAAGCGGCGGGCGCCGCGCGGCGAUGGCGUGACGAUCUCUCCCGGCCGGAGCGCUCGUAAGUAGAAGAGAAACAAACGGACGCCGCGUAGCGCCCCGACGGUCCACGCCCGACUGACCGGUUGAUCCACAGGGACGACGGACAAGUACUGCGGCGUCUUCUCCUGGAUCCUCGGCGUCCUCUGCUGCUGGUGCGUCGUCUGCUGCCCCUGCGACUCGCGUCAAGUCUACAACGCGCCGGACGGCAAGAAGGUGUUGGCGUCCGGCACGCCGUCGGGGCAGUUCGUCGAGAUGUGCUAA